GGACCGGCAUGGCCUCCAUCUCUGCGCGGCGCUUGAAGAAAGAGCUCACAGAAAUCAACCACGAGGGCACGCCAACAGGUAUUAAGCUCCUGAGCGCGGAUGACUUCGAGACCUGGUUCUUCUCCAUCGAGGUCCUCGGUAAUACUCUAUACCAGGGAGAAGUGUUCAAACUCAUGUUCCGCUUUGACGGUCAUUACCCAAUUUCCUCCCCUGCUGUGCAAUUUGUGGUAGAUCAGACCCACCAGGCGCCAAUUCAUCCACAUGUAUACUCUAAUGGCCAUAUCUGUGCCUCUAUCCUCGGCAAUGACUGGUCCCCAGUCCUCAGCGUCGCGUCCGUCUGCAUCACUCUUCAGAGCAUGCUCGCCUCGUGCAAGUCUAAGGAACGUCCGCCAGACAACGAUAGAUAUGUGGCACACGCGCCAGAUAACCCAAAGAAGACGCGGUUCCACUACGAUGUUGAUAGGGUGUAAUCAGGUGUACUUUCUUGCAUAGCAAUGGACCAACCAUUUUACUUUGUACCUAUAUCACAUUUGCAGCAAUCUCAGUGCAUGAAUCCGG